GGUUUGAGGAAGUACCUGAUGCGCGGACGAAUAGACAAGCAAGCACCGAUAUCGGCUAUGAGGUGAUCCCACCACACCUACCCUUGAUGACGAUUGAUCACGGAAGGCUCGAUGCAAGGUGGAUUUCGUAUUUGUUAGACGCGUUCUUGCGGUCCCAUAAUGCCCAAGAGGACGCAUUCUGAUACGCUCUACGAUCAAGAAGUGCAUACUGUGCAUGUCUCAGACACGGCGAGGGCGGCGGGUAUAGCGUCCCCCGAACUCAUUGCUGAAGCCCUCACGUAUCUCCAUCGCGAUGGCAUCCUCAUCCUCGAAAAUGCGAUUGAGACGAGCCAUCUCGACGCAUUGAACGACGUCCUUGCGCCCGAAGCCUUUGAGAUUGCCAAAAAUCCAAAUCAUCACUUCAACUUUGGGAGGCAGACUCGGAACAUGGAUCAAGCCCCACCAUUGAAUCCGGAGCUGAUGUUUCAAGACGUCUGGGCCAACCCCGUGGCGUGCUCGAUCUUAAAAGCCAUUCUCGGACCAGAGAUAGUCUGCCACUACGCCAAUGGCAACACUGCUUUGAAAGCAAACGGACGUCAACCAGUCCAUUCCGACAUUGAGAAGCCACAUCCGGCGUUCCCAUUCGCCUACUUGAUCAACAUACCUUUGUGCGAUUUGAGCAUUCAGAACGGGAGCACGGAGGUAUGGUUGGGAAGCCACCAUGACAGCUGCGCGGAUCAACAUGUAGUGUACGAUGGCGAGCGCGUCCUGCAUAUCAAGCCUGAGCUAGUGGAGCAAAGGCGGCAGCAUAGCCCUCCGACCAAUCCGUGCAGCAAAAAGGGCAGCUUGAUCAUUCGAGACAUCCGGCUAUGGCAUGCUGGAAUUCCCAAUCGGACGGCAAACCCACGCAUCAUGCUUGCCUUUGUCAUUCAGCCAAAGUGGUUCAAGGCUCCGUCCAGAGUGCUCCUCCCGUUGAAGGCAAAGGGGCUGGUGGAUCAAUGGAGGGCAAACACUGGGCUUGAGUACCAUGCUGGAUGGGUCGACGGGGAUGUCGAUCAUAAGACGGUGAGGUCUACUGACGUCGACUUCUCGACGAACAAUUCCAAAAUGCUUGAGCUCGAGGAGCUGAUGCGUCCACCAUCGCUGGCGAGCACAGCUCGGAGAAAUGACCCUUGAUCUCAGCGACUGUGAUUGCGUGGUAUUCGUAUCGAUGU